AUGCUACCUGAAGGAGUGACUCCGUCGGAAGUGCAUGCCCCUCCACAUCUUUGGCUGGCUAGAUAUCAUCACCUGGAUGGUGAUGAUGCAAAAGCUUGUCAGACGGUGCGAAAUUUCCUCCAGGUAAUCAUCGAGCUUCUAUCUGAUGAAGAUGAGUCAAACGACGAGAUUGCUUUUGCACAGGCGCGCUUCGCUUUUACAGCUCUCGGUGAUGAGAAAAAUGCAUUGACCAGCCUGGCCAUAUAA